AACACAUUCGUAAAAGAACAGUUGAAAACGAAACAUAUUUUUGCCAGAAAAGCAAAAGAAGUUUGAAGUGACUUUCAAUAGAAAAGUUAUACAAGAAAGUACAAAAAUUUAAACAUUCUGUUAUUUGAUUAUAACUACCCGGAAUUGCAAGAAAAUUUAUAGUGAAUAAAAACAAACAAAAAAUUUGAGGAAAUUAGUGGAAAGAUUUCAUUUCAGCUCUACAAGAGAAUAAGUAUCUAGCGAUAUGGGCAAAGAUUUCUAUAAAAUCCUCGGUAUCAACAAAAGUGCCAAUGACGAUGAAAUUAAGAAGGCCUAUCGUAAAUUGGCGUUGAAGUACCAUCCAGAUAAGAACAAAACACCGCAGGCCGAGGAGCGAUUUAAGGAAAUUGCCGAAGCGUAUGAAGUGCUGUCGGACAAGAAGAAGCGGGACAUUUACGAUCAACAUGGUGAAGAAGGCCUGAAGGGUGGUGUACCUGGUGGUCCCGGUGAGCAGGGUGGUGGUUUCAAUUCAUACCAGUUCCAUGGCGAUCCGCGCGCCACAUUUGCACAGUUCUUUGGUUCGUCAGAUCCCUUUGGCAUUUUCUUCAGUUCAAGCGAUCCCAGCCGAAUGUUUGGUGAUUCGCAGAAUAUAUUCAUGACUGCUGGCAAUGACGAUGAUAUCUACUCACAAAUGAGCGGCGGCGGCGGUGCUUUCCGGUCGCAAUCUUUCAACGCACAACCCAACCGCAAAAGGCAGAUUCAAGAUCCACCUAUCGAACACGAUCUCUACGUCUCUCUGGAGGAAGUCGAUAAAGGCUGUGUAAAAAAGAUGAAGAUCUCACGCAUGUCGAUGACCACAGGGCAGCCGCGCAAGGAAGAAAAAGUCUUGAAUAUCGCUGUGAAACCCGGCUGGAAGGCGGGUACAAAGAUUACCUUCCAAAAGGAAGGUGAUCAAACACCUGGAAAAGUUCCGGCAGAUAUAAUUUUCAUCAUACGGGACAAGCCGCACCCAUUAUUCAAACGUGAAGGCAGCGAUAUCAAAUACAAUGCUAAUAUCAGUUUAAAACAAGCCCUGUGUGGCACUGUUGUACAGGUGCCGACGUUACAAGGCGAUAGAAUUACGGUCAAUUCACAGGGAGAAAUCAUUAAGCCUAACACAGUUAAACGUAUCUCAGGCAGAGGGUUGCCUUUCCCUAAGGAGCCGACGAGACGAGGUGACCUGCUGGUGGCGUUUGAUAUAAAAUUCCCCGACAGUUUGCCGGCUGUAACAAAAGAUCUGUUGACAGAUGUGUUACCAAACUAAGUUAACUGGGCGCCGUAGUUAUAAGUUAAGUUGGGCGGGUAUGAAGGGGGAAGUAAUGAGAGGGAUGAAUUAAUUGCGCAAGUAAAUGUACUAAUGAAGUACUGGUAUUUCCAUUGUCCAGAAAAACUAUUUAGGUUAAUUUGAAUUAAUGUACAACGUUUAUUGUUACUUCUCCCCGUUAAUUUGAUUGCGAGAGAUCAGCAUUAGCUAGAGCUAGUAACAUUUGUAAAUUGUUGUAAUUAAAGCUUAGUUAUAAGAUACAUUUAAACUCAAAGGCAAAACAUUGUUAAGCAUACAAAUGUCAAAUUUAUCUAAAAUUUUGGAACAUAUGCAUGUCGGUGGAACAUUAGAAAAUUGUCAUUAAGUAUCACUUCCAGUUGUAAAAUUACUAGCGGCCGGCAUUAACAUUAAAACUCGGAAAGUAAUUGGAACUUGGAUACUAUAGACGAUUAUACCAGAAGACUGAUAUAGAAUAAAUGGAGAUUUAUGUUAUAAAAAUCGAAUUAGCUUUCUUCAAUCUAAAUGUAUAAA